AUGUUGUUUCAGGAAGUUUUCAUUAGAGCUAAUGAGAAGCUGCGUCGCGAACAAGUCUUCAAUGCCCCAUUUGCAGUGGACAUUGGUAGUCCAUACGACUGUACAAUGGAAAUGGCUAUGAAACGCAACGACUGUACAGCACUAGUUGGUGAUUUGGCCUAUAAAGGUAAAGAAGGUGACAAGAAAUAUGUAUGGAUGCAGAUAGGAAAGGUUUAUGGGACCAUAACUAUAGACGACAUAUCAGAUUCAGACUUGGAUACGCUCAUAAAACUUACCGUUGAUGGAUGGCAACACUGUACAAUGGAAAUGGCUAUGAAACGCAACGACUGUACAGCACUAGUUGGUGAUUUGGCCUAUAAAGGUAAAGAAGGUGACAAGAAAUAUGUAUGGAUGCAGAUAGGAAAGGUUUAUGGGACCAUAACUAUAGACGACAUAUCAGAUUCAGACUUGGAUACGCUCAUAAAACUUACCGUUGAUGGAUGGCAACGUGAGAAUUUUAUUCGUUAG